AUGACCCACAUAGGAAUAGUCGGUGAGUUUAAUGUAAGCACAGAAAGCUUCGCGAAUUAUGUGGAGAGACUUGAACAAUUUUUCGCGGCAAAUGAAGUUAAGGACCAAAAGAAAGUAGCUGUAUUUUUGUCGAUUAUUGGUCCAACGACUUAUGGAGUUUUGAAAAAUUUAGUGCAACCAGCCCUGCCGAAAGAAAAAGAGUACAAAGAUUUAGUGCAAAUGUUGCGGGGGUAUUACAUGCCCAAACCGUUAGUUAUUUCUGAAAGAUUUAAAUUCAAUAAGAGAAACCAGAAGGAGGGUGAAAGUGUUUACUCGUAUGUAAUUGAGUUAAAGAGGCUAUCUACACAUUGUGAGUUUGGAGAAUUUAUGCCUGAAGCACUUAGAGAUCGACUGGUUUGUGGGUUACGGUCAGAAGCAAUACAGAAAAAGUUGUUAUCAGAGACGGAUCUGGAUUUCGAUAAAGCGGUCAAGAUUGCGUAUGCCAUGGAAACGGCUGAAAAAGACACAUUGGCAUUUUUGAAUCCUGAUCCAGGAAUACACAGUGUGGAAACAAAAUAUUCAGGGAGGAAAUCUGAGAACCGAAAGAAAUUUCAAAGACAAUAUUCGGAGGAAUGUUACCGAUGUGGGAAUAACCAUAACCCGAAGGAGUAUUCAUCAGACAGCAUUUGUUCUAUUUUCUGUACCAAUGAAAAAGACCAUAGCAGAAGGAAGUUGACGGUGAACAUAACAGUGGGAGAUGAAGAGGUAGAAUUUUUAAUUGACACCGGGAGUGUUCGUACCAUUGUAGGUGAGGCAGUUUACCAGAGACAUUUAGAGCAUUUCAAGCUCACAAAAACAGAUACUGUACUUCGUUCAUAUACUGGAGAUGAAAUCGGGCUGCUGGGAGUGUGUCAUGUUCCUGUAAAGUACCAGGAUCAAGAGUUCGUUGAGCUACCAUUGCUAGUUGCCAAAGGACAGCGACCAAGUUUAUUGGGGAGGGACUGGCUGUCAAAAAUAAAACUCAACUGGCAAGAAGUCUUUGCAGUCAGUAUGAAUGAAAUGGAGACCGUAAGGAGAGAGUAUAGUGACCUAUUCUUGCCAAGCACAGAACCAAUAAAGGAUUUUAAAGCACAGAUAAGGUUGAAGGAGGACGGACAUCCAAUAUUUUGCAAAGCACGCACAGUACCCUACGCUAUUAAAGAACAAGUGGAAAUGAAACUGAGAAAACUAGUUGAGCGAGGUGUUCUUCAGAAAGUAAAAAAUAGCUCCUGGGCUGCACCUGUAGUAGUGGUUCCAAAGGCAGACCAGUCAGUGAGGAUUUGUGGAGACUAUAAGAUGACAGUUAAUCGGGUUAUCAGUGAGGAGCAGUACCCACUGCCCAACACAGAUGACAUGUUUGCUAGCUUAGCAGGUGGAAAAAAAUUUACAAAAUUGGAUCUAAGUCAAGCCUAUUCUCAGCAAGAAUUGGACAGAGAAUCUCAAGAAUGUCUAACCAUUAAUACUCACCUUGGACUCUUUCGAUAUGCCCGCCUACCUUAUGGAGUUAGUUUUGCAAGCGCAAUAUUUCAGUCAGUUAUGGACCAAUUCCUAUUGGGAUUAGAUCAUGUGGUAUGUCGGAUAGAUGACAUUCUUAUUACAGCGGCGGAUGAUACUACUCACCUGAAUACGCUUCGAGAAGUAUUUCGACGUUUGCGAAAGCAUAACAUUAAGUUGAAAGCAGAAAAGUGCGAGUUUUUUGCAGACCAAGUGGUUUAUAUGGGGUUCCUGCUAGAUCACAAUGAAGUACACCCAACAGAAGAAAAGGUUAAGGCCAUAAAUGAUGCACCUAGACCUACUGGAGUAAAGGAGUUAAAAGCUUUUCUUGGGUUGUUGAAUUACUAUGGUGCUUUUCUGCCAAACUUAAGUACCGAGUUAAACCCACUCCACAAGUUGUUAAAGAAGCAUGAACCGUGGAAUUGGACGGCUGACUGUGAGGAGAGUUUUAAGGACACGAUUGCAUGGCGUCACGUGAUCACGUCAUUUGGAAAAUAA